CCCGUCUAGCAACAGAAAAUAAUAACAGCAACAAAAUGACUGAAUUACUUCCACUACAAGACGAAGACAUAACUAAAACCGAAAAUCACAAUCACCCUGGCGAAUCGUCGUCAGCAGAAAGCAAAAAACAUCGACCAAACAUCAUACUUGGAAAAGACGGGAAACCGUGUCGAGCAUGUACAGCUUUCAAAGACUGGACACGACAAGAAAGGAAGAAGGAUUCCUCAGAAUCUACCACCACCUCGUCGACCGCAGCGAUACCAUUUUUAGGUUCUUCCGCCGAAAAAAAGCUUCCAAAAGACUGUCCACCCGAUUCUGAAACCCUCGGUCGACACACCUGGACUUUUUUACACACCAUGGCGGCCUAUUAUUCCGAUACACCGACCACCACACAGCAAACGAUGAUGCUAUCUUUUCUUCGCACUUUUUCACAUGUCUAUCCGUGUUGGUACUGUGCCGAACAUUUCCGUGAAGAGAUGUCACGUAAACCACCACACGUUGAGAAUCGUACGGCGUUGUCACGGUGGAUGUGUGAAGCGCAUAAUGAGGUGAAUCAACGAUUGGGUAAAAAGAUUUUCGAUUGCUCGAAGGUUGAUGAGCGGUGGCGGGAUGGGCCGAAAGAUGGAAGGUGUGAUUAA